AUGAGCUUCUCCAAAGGAUUAAAGCGAGAUAUCAGCGGACAGUUCGUUGUCGGAUAUGACACUGAAUUCAUCAUUCUAUCUCCUGACGACAACAGCGCUGAGCCCAAGAAAGAUCUACUGAAAUCAAUCUUCAAAAAAGAAGUAGGCAUCUCGAAUGUGGAAUCAAUUUUUGUUUCAAUCGGAAGUUCUGGGGAUCUGCCGAUGGGUCGCCUGGACAGAGAGAAGCUUGGAAACGCACUUUACGAAAACGCUGGGAAAUGCCAAGGUGUAUUUUUGACCUUCGGUGAAUCUGGCGGACUGGUCGAAGUUCUCUCCGAAACACAUCAUGAUUUGGGAAGCGUUUAUGAUGAUCAUGUUAAACUUGUUGGCAUCACUGGCAAUCCGGAAGCCUUGAAGUUUAAAACAACUGAUCAUGCUGACUCUCACAGCCACUGUAUAUGCCUGAAAGGAGAUCGUCACGGAAAUCCGAUCGAAGAAGACGAUCUCUGGCUGAACUCGAUUCUUGCCAUCGCCGAACUCGCAAAUGAAAAAUUAGAAAAUACCUCGGACUACAUUCCACUGACAAUAAUUCUUCAAGGAGGCUCAGCAAGAGAGCUCAAAAUUCUAGCUUUAUUAUCAUUACUUUCUCCUAUUCUCCAACCGACACUUAUUCUCCUCGAUGGGACGGGAGGAUUGGCUCAGCUUAUACAAAAAAUUGUGACCGGUUUUUGGCGGAAUAUUUUCAACCCGACACGACAAAAAAUGCAGCUGGAAGACACGCUUAGCUUAUUUGAAACAGAUGAUACUCGUCUGAAGUCCGAACUUGCAAGUGUCACCGAAAAUAUUAGAAAUUUCGAAGUCUUCUUGAGCUCUUGUCAAUUCAAGGAUGAAGGUGUUUAUGAUAUUCACGAGCUCAUGGAGUCGGUGCAGAAAAUCUUCACGAAAUACUUCAUUCUAAGCACAGAAACGUCGAAUGAUUAUAAAAAACUCAUCAAUCUUUGCAUCUUUCCAAGCGUACCGGUCGGUCAAUUAUCAAAAGACGACUGUAUGCAUCGCUGCCUUGAGUACAGUAUCAGAACCGACAAUAUCCAAAUAGCAGAAAAUAUGCUUGUCAAAUCAGCGAACGACUAUAACUUGGAAUCAUGGAUGACGCAGUAUGGAAUUUACGAAGCGUUUUUCGUAGAAGCCUUUCGACUGGACAACGCUGAUUUCAUGGGCCAAGUUCUCGAUAAUCAAUCUAAAAACUAUCUCGAAGACGAAUUCAUUCAUUCACCGAAAUUCGCUGACUACAUCGCUUCAUGGAUGACUUCAAUGCAAAGUGGCUCGUUGAAGAAAACGUCGAGUGUUGUUUACAGAUCAAAGACUGCGAAGGACAAAAGAAGAUUGAGAUCAUUAAUUCUUCAGAAAAUCAGCAAGACUGGACUUGAUCUGAUGACGGUUCGAGAAACUGAACUUCCUUUGGAAUCUGUAAGGAUGCUUUUGCUCGUAGCACUUGUUACAGGGAGAACCAAAGUCGCCAAGAAACUUAUCUACAGUGGAACAGAUCUUCUUGGCGAGUUCAUUGCGACGGCGUUGAUUUGCCGAGGUCUUAAGAACUCUCUAACGCAUGACUUGUCAAAAAAGAGAGAAGAGCUGGACAACUUCGGUAAAAUUUGUGAAGCAGACGCGAUUAAACUUCUUGAGAGAUGCUCUUCUGUCAAUAUUCGAAGAACAGAGGAACUCUGCAUCCGAGAAUUGCCUCACUGGGGCGGCAAAAGCUGCCUCGAGUUGGCCAUUGCCGGUGAUUCUCAAAACUUUGUUGCCCAUUCCACGAUACAAAUGUUCCUAAAAUCCGUUUGGUUCGGAUCAGUUCGCAACAGAAGUGACAUUUCAAUGGCAAAUUAUCUCAGCUACUGUUUCCCGUUUCUUUCGCCACUGUUGCUGAGCGAUUUUUUUAGCGAAAAUGACUCUUAUUGCCUCCGUUUUGUAAAAUUUAUGCAUCUACCGUCUACAAUUUUUGUCUAUUCUGGAAUUUUCUACCUCUUGUAUUUGUUUUACUUUGCCAUUGUUUUGUCGAUGAAAUUUUGCAAGCUUCCAGUCAUCGAAGAAAUUAUUCUUUGGUUCUGGACUCUUGCCUUGUUGGCUGAAUGGGGUCGAAAAUCGGUGUAUAAUCAUCGGAUACGAAUCAGCAAGAACUCUUUUUUGCGUGAUAUUCGAAGAACAGUUGGUCAAUGGACUUCUCAAGACACAUGGACAUUCAUAGAAUUCUUGGCCUAUCUUAUGUUUGGAAUCGGUUUUUUUCUCCGACUCAGCAUUAUCUCAAGCACUUUGGAUUUCUGGGACUUUGGCAACGUCAAUAAUGGAAGCUCUAUCACAACCUCAAUGUGGGACAAAUGGAAUAAAUACUGGAAUGAGCUUCUAUGGAAUCACGACGAUGAAAAUUGCCCGAUUUACUUUGACGUUGAACUUUCAGUAGGAAAGAUGCUCUCGGUUCUCUAUGAGCAGAACGUAAACAUGAGACUGUCUCAAUAUUUCUACUGCUUCUCAUUCAUCCUCUCGGUCAUCAGAACGCUAGAACUCUGCACGGUUUCAAAACAUCUUGGAUCAAAGGUCAAAACGCUUUUUGGUGUUCUUGCGGAUUUAUUUUUCUUUCUGAUUAUUCUCUCGUUUUUUAUGGUUGCGUAUGGAGUGUCUGUUCAAAGUAUUAUUUAUACUAACGAAUGGAGAUACUACGACUUGUUCUUUGGUAUCUUCGUGAGACCUUUCUUUUCGAUGUUUGGCGAGCUGUUUCUUGGAGAAGUCACAAGCUAUCAGUAUUCAGACUCCGUUGAUCCCCAUCAACUGGCAGAUACGGCCCUCGACGAUGGAAUCAUAGAAGCAGAGGAGAUCAAAAACUUCAAAAUGACAACUUGCUCAAAUAUACACUCCCGCUCUUAUUUCUACUCCCUACAGAAUUUGGCUGAAAAUGAAGGAAAAUCUAUCUUCCGAUGCCCAAAUCCGUCCAGGGUCGUUUGGUUUCUAAUGGCUGGAUAUCAGCUGAUUGCAAGUGCUUUGCUGCUCAAUUUGGUUAUUGCCAUGUUUUCCAAUACAUUUAAUCGAAUAAACAAUAAUGCAGUCUUGGUUUGGAAAUUUCAGCGGUUCGAUCUUUUGAAAUCAUAUCAGUCAAAACCAGCUGUUGUACCUCCAUUAAAUUUGAUUUAUCAUCCGAUAAAGUGGAUAUUUGACAUCGUCUAUCGCCUCUGCUCAUCUGGAAAAACAUUUAGUGAAGCUAACUCAAUAAGAGAACCGAUUAAAAUCCCAUAUCACGGCCGGGGAAGGCGCACAACAAGCACAAGAACUAAAAACAAUCGAAACUCACUGGAUGCCGAGUGGUUUAUUUCCGGCAACAAGAACGAGAACAUUCCAUUGCUGGAAGACAAAACCUCGAAUCAGGGGUCAACGGUAAAGCGAAGAAAGAAAAACAGAUUGUCUGUAUUUGAGUUUUUAAAUGCAUCGAAACAAUUUCAAUGA